AUGAAAUAUAAUAUUGUGCAAUCUCUUCCUGUUCUUCAACAUGACAGGGUUGUGAUGGUGGAGCAAGCAAAUGUCAGCAUGUUUUCAAAGAAGAUUAAACCAGACGAAAGCUCACAGGUUUAUUUUUCACACUGGAGAACUUUACCAACGUGUGAAGAAACAAAGAUUGGAAAGGAGAGUUACUCUGUUCAGAAAUCUCUUAAAAGAAGAGAAAUCUCAAAGAUUGGUUCAGUAAAAUUCUACACUUAUCAACCAACCAAAGAUUCGAAUAGAAAAACUUCUAGAUCAGUAAAACAAAAGAAGAAAACUGAAUCUAAAUGUACAUUAUCAACUCCAUGUUGCGUAUCCACAACUUCAGCAACAGAAUCAGCACCAACCAACAACUGCAAUUCUUCAUGUAUUCUUGAUACACUAAACCUUUCGAAUACCACUCCACUAAUACUGCUGAAUAAUACCACGCAACCACAUGUAAAACGUUCAGCAGUUCUGUCAAUAAAGGAAUUGCUCAAUUAA